AUCAAACUCAUUUGGUGUCUAUCUUUGUUCAGUGAGAUACGUGGUCCAGAUUUUAAAGAUUUUAAUUAGGUAUGUUAUUUUGUGGUGAAUGUUAAAUUCAAGAAAUAUUUUAUUGCCUAUGAAAUAUUAAGAGCUUGGGUUUAUCGUUACAUCUACAUAAAUGUUGACAAAACCAAAACAAAUAAUUCAACCAAUAGGAGACGCUUGAUUGAUUAGUGCGAGAUCCAAAUACCGCUCAUGAUUGGUUAAUAUUUGUAGAACUGUAGCGCCUCCCCGACCUUAUAAAUAUCGGCGCGAACGCGCACUAGACCUCUUUUCCACAGUGUUAGUUCAGGGGUAUUUUAUCGGGUUAUUUUUGUGAGCUAACUCUAAAUUCAGAAUGCCGGAGACAGCAAAAAUGAAUGGAUAUGCGAAAACAAACGGACACAGUUUUGAUAUGGAAGAUGGAUCUGUGUUUUUGUUCACAUCGGAAUCCGUCGGCGAGGGUCAUCCAGACAAAAUGUGUGAUCAAAUAAGUGACGCUAUUCUCGACGCACAUUUAUUACAAGACCCUGAUGCAAAAGUAGCAUGCGAAACCGUAACAAAAACUGGAAUGAUCUUGUUAUGCGGUGAAAUCACAUCAAAAGCUAAUGUUGAUUAUCAGAAGGUUGUAAGGGAGACUGUGAAGCACAUUGGUUAUGAUGAUUCUUCUAAAGGUUUUGAUUGGCGAACACUAAACUUAUUAUUGGCAAUUGAAGAACAAAGUCCCAACAUAGCGGAUGGGGUUUACACAUCUCGAGAGGAAUUAGAUGUGGGGGCAGGAGAUCAGGGCUUAAUGUUUGGAUAUGCAACAGAUGAAACAGAAGAAUGUAUGCCACUUACCGUGGUGCUUGCCCACAGACUUAAUCAAAAAAUUGCUGAACUCAGACGAAAUGGAGAAUUUUGGUGGGCUCGCCCUGAUUCCAAGACUCAGGUUACAUGCGAGUACGUAUUUGCGGGAGGCGCUACAGUCCCACAGCGUGUUCACACAGUAGUUGUGUCGCUUCAGCAUUCUGAGAAGAUAACACUUGAGACACUGCGUGAAGAGAUCAGAGAAAAAGUCAUCAAGGACGUUAUCCCUGCCCAGUACCUGGAUGACAGAACUGUAGUACACAUCAAUCCGUGCGGCCUCUUUAUCAUUGGCGGUCCGCAGUCUGACGCUGGUCUGACGGGCCGCAAAAUUAUCGUAGACACGUACGGUGGCUGGGGUGCCCAUGGUGGCGGUGCGUUCUCGGGAAAAGAUUUCACCAAAGUGGAUCGCUCCGCCGCCUACGCAGCGCGCUGGGUUGCCAAGUCGCUCGUCAAAGCUGGUCUCUGCAGACGCUGCAUGGUGCAGGUGGCAUAUGCGAUUGGAGUAGCAGAACCAUUAUCCAUCACUGUCUUCGACUAUGGCACAUCACAUAAAACACAACAAGAAUUGCUGGCCAUUGUACUAAAAAACUUUGACUUACGACCGGGCAAAAUUGUAAAGGAACUUAAUCUCAGAGCACCUAUUUAUCAGAAAACAAGUACCUACGGACACUUUGGUCGUGAAGGUUUUCCAUGGGAGAAUCCCAAACCGCUCGUCGUAGAAUGACUUCGGACCAGAGUCCUAGAACAUUGUAAAUAUUCCACCAGUAUAUUGUACACUUAAUCUACGUGUGUCUUGGUAGUGAGGACGCGGAGAUAUUACGCUGUCUCUCUAUAGGCAAUUAAUGUUUAUGUCAUAUGUAUCUCUUUAAUGAAACCAUCACUUCGAGACAUUUGUCUCAUGGUUGCAUUUUUGAGAUCUAUCGUAAAUUAAGUAUUCCUUAGAUUGGACAUAAGCUUAAAGCGAUGUCGCCAUUUCUGAAUUUGAGUUAGUUCCGGGGUUUUAAUGGGCAGUUCCAUUAUUUUGUCCUAUAUUUUGUGAUUCUUACACUGCCGAUUAUUUUAUAAUUAAGGUAGUUAUUAUAUUGUAAAUGCUAUGAACUACUCAGUUAACCUGUUUUUUUUUUUAGACACAUUAUUUGUAUUUUUCGUCGUAAAUGAUGGACUGCCUACAAUCUCGAAUCUUUACACUGUGAACUUUACAAUAUAAGUGCUAUAAUUUUUGGUAGAGUAGACUACUUUCCUGAUCGCGUCACAGUGUAGCAAGUAUCAAGAAGACGCGUUUACGUCUUCCUCUUCCUUUGCUCACUGCAAACAUUGUGCUGCUUGGUGUGGCGUAUUUAAUAGUAUAAUUUUAUAGUUUCCAUUCCUAUAAUUCAUAUAUUGCAUUAAAUAAAUUAAUAAAAAUGAGUUAAAUCAUGAAUUAUGUUUACAAUUUAACGUCACAACUUGUACAGUAUAGUUUGUGUUGUGUUUCCGAAAAGGAACAUAGUGGAAAAGAGCCAUUUUGAAAACACACCGACUCGUUCAGGGCAGUAGUGCACUGUGCAUUUACUUCAAGUAUAUAUCUCUAAUAGGUUUAAUUAGGAGCAAUGCUAACCGUACAUGUAUGUCAUUAGGAUUUAACUUAGAAUUUUGACUUUCGUAGGGCGGUUAGUAAGUAUUUGUGAUUAUAUUUUAUGAUCUGUUCCGAAUUUGACCUGUUAAAACGUUUCCAAUUAACUUAAUGUGAAUUAUCGAUUUAUCCGAUUGUGUAAUUUCAUUGAAACUAAUAAUAAAUUAUGUUCACCCGGCACAUCGGGCGUAA